AUGCACCGCGGAGGCGGAAGUGCCGGAGGCGCAGCCGGGGGUGGUAUCGUCGGUGGUGCCGGCGGAAGUCACCGUGCCCUCGAAUUGGAGCAUCCGUCGGCGAUGCCAGGUGCACCCGGUUUCCAUUGGGGGGCCAUGUUCGCGGGUCACCACGCGGCCGCUGCCGCGGGUAUGAUGCAGCCCCCCAUGUCUACGGGUGGUGAGUACGUGCCAACCGCGGCGCACCAUGGUCCCGCUCAUCCCGCGAUGCCCAUGGAUCUACAUGUUCAUCAGGGAUUUCCCUAUUUCCCUACCAGGUAUCGAGAUGACGCGCUCUGUUGGACAGACAGGAAACCGUCCAUGGACGACGUCGGAAAUCCUACCUCCGUCAACGCACGAUUUGAGGAGAGACACUACGCUUUCGAAAGCAUCUUGGAAUUGCGCAAGGAGAAGAGCCGAGACGCGGCGAGGUCGCGGCGGGGUAAAGAAAACUUUGAGUUCUACGAGCUCGCGAAAAUGCUACCACUACCGGCAGCCAUUACCUCCCAGCUGGACAAGGCCUCCAUAAUAAGGCUAACGAUCUCGUACCUCAAACUACGCGACUUCUCCAGUCACGGCGAUCCGCCGUGGUCUCGCGAUGGUCCACCGCCCAGCAAAUCCGUCAAAGGUGCUAAUCGAGUCAGAUCGUCGACAUCUGCAGCGAUAGACCAUUUCGAAAUUCAUCAAGGUACCCACAUAUUACAGUCCCUGGAUGGCUUCGCGAUGGCUGUCGCAGCUGAUGGCAGAUUCCUGUACAUAUCUGAGACCGUUUCGAUAUAUCUCGGCCUUUCACAGGUAGAGAUGACGGGAUCAAGCGUUUUCGACUACGUCCAUCAGCAAGAUCACGCCGAGGUCGCCGAGCAGCUCGGUCUGGGACUCGCGUCGACGACAAGCACCUCGGCCCCGCACUCGUCGAAUUCUGGUCUAGCCUCACCGAGUAGUGGUGCGUCGGAAGAGCACGGUUCGUCCUCUACCGCGAAUCCCGAUGUGUCCUCGGUAAUGUCGCUGUCGGCGACCGGACUGUACAAAGGGUACGACCGGGCAUUUUGCGUUAGAAUGAAAUCCACUCUGACGAAGAGGGGGUGUCAUUUCAAGUCGUCUGGUUAUCGGGUCGUACUGUUGCUGUGCCGUUUGAGGCCGCAGUUUAUAUUCAGUCAUGCGAGGAAGUCUGCGCCGCCUUUGAUGGGCAUGGUCGGACUAGCUAUCGCUCUUCCACCGCCCAGUGUACAUGAAAUUCGUCUUGAAACCGACAUGUUCGUCACACGGAUCAGCUUUGACUUUCGGAUAGCACAUUGCGAGCCAAAAGUGUCCGAAUUGCUGGACUACACCGCCGAUGAAUUGACGGGGAAGAAUCUCUAUACGCUGUGCCACGGCGAGGACGCGAAUCGUCUUCGGAAGUCUCACAUAGAUCUGAUCCAUAAAGGACAAGUGCUGACGCAUUACUAUCGGCUGAUGAACAAGAGUGGCGGGUACACGUGGCUACAGACGUGCGCUACCGUUGUGUGCAAUUCGAAAAAUGCCGACGAGCAAAAUAUCAUUUGCGUCAAUUAUGUCAUAAGCGGCCGAGAAUACGAAAAUUUAAUAAUGGACUGCUGUCAGUUAGAGGACGGUGUCACCGGUGUCAAAAGGGAAGAUACGGCCGGGAAUGAUCCGGAGAAUGGAUCGCCGGACGCUGACAGAGGAGAGGGUCGUAGUCGAGGCGGCCCUACAAAUCAACAUCAGGAGCAAUCGCAUCGGUCACCACCUGAGGAGCGGGAAGAGAGCCAUCCAUCGGAAAGUGAGAAGCGAGGUAGUCGACAUCACGAAAAUAUAGCUCAGUUGCAACAGGAUUCGCAGACGGCGGUCGGGAAUCUCGGCACGCUCGUAGUAAGAUUACGAGGGCACAAGCGAAAAAUUCAUGACGACGACAGCAGCUCCAACGAAGAGGAGGAUGAGGAGGAGCCUGCGGUGAAAGAAUCGAAUGGUGAAAGAACUCGCGCGCUCAGCCCUAGCGCGACAUCCACACAUUCGAUGUCGACCACCGAACAAGCGCUCUGUUCAACCAGUCCAAAAUCACGUCGCGCCGAGGGCAACAGAAUGGACAGUGCCGAGAGCACGGGUACCUCAGUGAAGGAUCUGGAGCAGGCUAUGUCGAAACACCUCCCGGGGAGCUCGCUAAAUAAAUCGAACUCACCGGCAGCGCUUCAUCAGCCGACAGAUUUCAGCACGGACGCGUUACUGAAGCAGCAGCAGCAGCGGAGUACGAUACAGUGGAUCGGCGCGCAUCAUCAUCUGGGACACCUCAGUCCACAACAAUCCGCCACCGCUCCUUUACCCGCCUCAGCACUCCUUAGGCAACUUUACGCUGCCAAUCGGGAGAGUGUGAUACGUGCUAAUGUACACGGAAUCACAUCAAGCGGCGGUACGCGUGCUCCUACAUCGGCCGGUAUCUAUUAUCCGGGUGAAACCGCCCCUAAUGGACCUCUGCCCACGCCGCCAGGCUCAGAAGGCUCCAGCACGUAUGGCGAGCACCAAUUUGUACUCGCCGCUCACAAUCAAAAAGGAUCGAACGGCACCAGUUGCGCUGAUGCUUUCACCAGUCUAGUUUCAUCGUACACGUCUGCUACCGCGGCUGGCUACUCGGUGGACUAUCAUUCGGCGAUGACACCGCCGUCGUCGGUCUCGCCACGAGACAAGCAGCAGCAGCAACAGCAGCAGCAACAACAGCAACAGCAGCAGCAGCAGCAGCAGCAGCAGUUGCAUCCCGUGAACGUGAUAAGUAGUUACGAAAGCUCGUCGGCGUACACGGAUCCCGUUCUUCGGCACCAGUACGAACCGGCCCAGCCGUUACCCUUAAAACCUCAAGUGUACUCGGCUACUGUCCAUCCGAGUGCCUUAGACGCCGCAGCGGCAUACGCCUCGGCAGGUCUGACGGAACAACCACAGUUCUACCAUCAUCCAGCCAGUAGUGCCGGCUUCCACAUCUACCACCCAAGCAACAAAUCGACGACGAACGGCUGGUAUACCUCGGCCUCCUAGUGGCCCCAUCCGUAGGGGUUCCACCGCCCGUGUACGUGGAACACGUGUACUUAAGCGACUGUAAUUAAAUCCAAAGCCCUCUCCCUCGUGCAUAUCAG